AGCGGUUUUUUACCCUUUUUUUUUUAACCCCUUUCGACUCUCUCCUUUUGAUUUUUAAACAAAAUGGUUUAUUUUUGACAAUUAUGUGUGUGUGUAUGUGUGUGUCUUGGCAAAUAAAUUAAAUUUUCUCACCCCUCUUUUAUUAUUUUGCUUUUUUCUCUGCUUUCUUUCAUAGUACUAAAUGAUUAUACGACGAUUUUAUUGUAUCUUGAGUUUUACCAUAGCAACUCUAGUAUGUUUUGGCCAUUCACAGCAAUUAGGAUGUCAACAUCCUUCAAAUUACUCUGAUUUCUCCCUUGUCUUGAUCAACCAAACCCUUAUUGUAACUGGAGCAAAUAUGGAACAGUUAGAGGUGUGGACACAAGAUAUAUCCAAUGGAUUUAGCACUACCAGUGAUUGCUGGAUAAAUCAUGCUUCCAAUACCACCUUGGAUUAUUCGCCUUAUAAAAACGGAAUUGCAUUUCAAUAUUCAAAUACAUCAAUUGCCGUUCAAGCGGGGGAUAAUGGAACACCACUUAUGUCAACUAUGGCAAUUUUCGAUGUAACAACAAAUACCUGGUCUGAUCCUGUCGCAUUGAUUAAAGGUACACAACCAGUGACGAAAGCUCGAAUGUCAGUAUCGCUGAAUACAAGUACGAAUACUGCCUGGUUUUAUGGCGGAAGAGCGGAAUCCUCUGCAACCCCAAACUAUUACAAUACAUUCUAUAAUUUUGAUAUCAAUACAAAUACUUGGAACUGGCCAACUACAUUCUAUUCUGGUGGUUACAGACCAGCAAGAUAUGGCCAUACCAGUUCUCUAAUUUCUGACCGAUUAUUUAUUUUGGGUGGAAAAACAGCCGUUCAUUCUGAGGAUAACAGUUGGGUAGGUGCUUCAUUUGGUGAUUUUCAAAAUGUACUAGUAUUUGAUACAGUAAGCCACCAAGCAAUCACUAUGGCAACGAUCGGUGAUAUACCGCCUGCUCGAUACAGUUUCACAGCUGUAGACGGUAAGACGCCUGAUGCAACAUCUAUUGUUUUAUUUGGAGGACAAAAUGUCAGCGCGGAGACAAGUUUUGAUGCGACGAACGAUAUUUAUGUUUUGGAUACCUGUACAUUAAAUUGGACUAAACCAGAGAUAUCGGGUAUACCACCUAUUGCUCGCGCGGGACACGAGGCAAUCGUUUAUUUAGGACGUUAUAUGGUUGUCACAAUGGGAAUCCAAAAUUUUGAUCCAACAACUGGACCUGUUUAUGUCAAUGAUUCUGCAAUUUUAGACAUGCGAUCGUGGACAUGGAUUAAUAGUAUUCCCAUCGGUCCAACCAAGAACAAAUCAGUAAAAUCAUCAUGUCGAUUUGUAUUUCCUGUUGUCGUGCCGGAUGAUGAUGGAGGAGACAAUACGACUGAUACAUUUAAUCCAUCAGUUGUAAAAUAUACAAAUGAUGAUUCAAGGACUAAAAAAUUAGCACUGGGACUCACCUUUGGUUGUCUGGGUCUUUUGGUGUUAGUAACCGCUCUUGUCAUAUUCAUCUUAAGAAUAAGAAGAGAUGUGGAUGCUAAACAAAACCCUAGAUGGAUACCCAGUGUAUUGAGAAAAAAGAAACCAAUCACCGAAUCUACCACUAUUUAGAAUAAUAGUAGCUUAAUGUAAAUACCAAUAUAUCAAUGACAACAUUUUCUUGUGUUUUAUAUAAAUCGCUUUUUAUUAUUUUGUUGUCAUACGUUUCCUUUUCUUUUCCUUUCUUUCUUCGUCGUAAAAAAAUGGCAGAGGAAGCAACAUCUUAUAAUAAACACAGUGGCUAUUAUACACCUCAAUCAGGGAAGACUCCGAGUACAUC